AUGGAGAAGGAACUGUUGGAGCUGCAGACACUCAUGGACAUGCACUUUGAGCAGAGGAAGAAGGAGGAGGAGCAGCUCAUGGGUUUGAAGGAUCAAUUUCUGGAAAAAAACUACUAUCAAGUCCUGGCCUUGGUGUUUGCUGUAGAGGAGAUCAACAAGGACCCCAAUCUGUUACCCAAUACUACUCUUGGAUUCAACAUCUAUGACACCCACAUCAGUGAUGUCAGAACCUUGGAGAGCUCCUUAAUGUUGCUGUCAGGACAAAGGCUGGCUGUUCCAAAUUAUCAAUGUGAGAAGCAAAGCAAAUCCUUGGCUGUCAUUGCAGGACCCUAUUCUGAAUUGUCAGUCAAAAUUGCUUCUGUGCUUGAGCUCUACAAGUUUCCACAGGUGACCUGUGAUCCAUUUGACCCCAUUCUGAGUGACAAGGUCCGUUUUCCAAGUGUUUAUCAACUGGCACCUAAAGAUUCCAAACUUGCCCUGGGAAUGGUCGGUUCAAUAGUGCAUUUCAACUGGACAUGGGCUGGACUACUCGUAACAGAUAAUACCAGGGGUGAAACAUUCCUCUGGGAUAUAAGAGAAGAGAUGGCCAGGAAGGGUGUCUGUCUCACCUUUAUCCAUAAGAUUCCUCCCAAUGAGAAUUACAGUCUUUUUCCCCAUUCUGAAGUCAUGGAAAUACUUUAUGCAACUUCUGCCAAUGUAAUCAUUUUUUAUGGGAGUAAUAAUGUAGUUUUUGAUUGGGAAUUUGAAAAAAAUUACUCGAAUUAUAGUAAAGUGUGCAUUACCACCUCUCAAUGGCAUUUUAGCAUGAGCCCUAAUACCCUGCUUGUUGAAAGUUUCAGUAAAAGUCUGAUAUUUUCAAGUAAGAGAAAAGAGAUUCCAACUUUCCAACCUUUCAUGAGGGCAAUUAAACCUUCCAAAUACCCAGAAGAUAUUUUCCUUAAAACAUUUUGGAGCUUACUUUUUCCAUGUCCACUUAAUGAAAAACAAAGAGAGGAAGAAGAUUGUUCACAAAAUGCUUCUUUAGAGCUUCUGCCUAUGCGGAAUUUUGACAUGUCUAUGUCUAGCCGCAGUUACAACAUCUACAAGGCUGUGUAUGCUGUGGCCUGGGCUCUCCAUCAAAUGCAGUUAGCUAGAUCAGAAAUGGAAUACAUGAGAGAUGAAGGAAGACUAGUUCUAUAUCCCUGGAAGCUUCACUCCUUUCUUAGAAACAUGCAGUUUAACAACAGUGCUGGUGACCAGAUGUUCAUGGAUCAGAAAAGGAUUCCCAUGGCAAGCUACGAUAUUAUAAAUUUUGUCAACUUUCAUAAUGGUACCGAAGUGCUGGUGAAAGUGGGAGAGUUUAAAUCUCAUGUUCUCUUCAGUGAAGAUUUUUCCAAUCAUGAGAAUGUCACAAUAUUGUACAACAUCAAGGCAGUUUUCCAUGAUAAUUACUUGAAAAAUGAUGUCAAGACUCUUUGUUCUGUGUGCAGUGAGAGCUGUGGACAUGGAUAUCGGAAAUCUGCCCGUGAGGGACAGGCCACCUGCUGCUUUGACUGUAUCCCCUGCCCAGAUGGGGAGAUUUCUAACCAGACUGAUGUAUAUGACCAGUGCAUCAAGUGUACUGAAAACGAAUAUUCAAACAAGGAGAAAACUCACUGCCUCCACAAAGUAGUGACAUUUCUGGCGUAUGAGGAACCCCUAGGCAUGACUCUGACCUGCACAGCUCUGACCUUCUUUCUCCUGACAGUGAUGAUCACUGGGGUCUUUGUGAAGGAUCAGGACACUCCCAUAGUGAAAGCCAAUAAUUGAACUCUUAGCUUCCUCUUGCUCCUCUCCGUUGGCCAGUGCUUCCUAUCUUCUUUGCUCUUCAUUGGGAAGCCCACUUCAGCCACAUGUCUCCUUCAACAGACAAUAUUUGGAAUCACAUUCACAAUGGCCAUCUCCUCCAUUCUGGCUAAAACAAUCACAGUAGUUCUAGCUUUCAAAGCCACAAUACCAGGGAGCAGGAGCAGAAAUUGGGUGGGCUCCCAAACACCCAUUUAUUUAAUUCUUAUCUGCUGCCUCAUCCAAGUGAUUCUCUGUGGUAUCUGGCUCUUGAUUUCUCCCCCAUUCCCAGAUACAGACUCACACUCUGAACCUGAACACAUCAUCCUGAAGUGCAAUGAGGGCUCUCUCAUUGCCUUCUACUUUGUUCUGGUCUACAUGGGAUUCCUGGCUUUGGGGAGCUUCACUGUGGCUUUUUUGGCUAGAAAUUUACCUGACGCCUUCAAUGAAGCCAAGUUCAUCACCUUCAUGAUGCUGGUAUUCUGCAGGGUCUGGGUCUCCUUCCUCCCCACAUACCAGAGCACCAAGGGGAAAAUGAUGGUAGCUGUGGAAGUCUUCUCCAUCUUGAGCUCUAAUGCUGGCUUACUGGACUACAUCUUUAUUCCCAAGUGCUAUGUGACCCUUCUGAAGCCACAAUGGAACACCCAAGAAUGGGCAAAUCAUAAAUCCUAUGCCAGGGAAGCCAUCAUUCUAAAGCAGUCCCUUGUGCCUCCUAGCAAUGCUAUGAGAUGCCUUAAAAAUUCCCCAAAUCCUACUUGA